UGCUCGCGAAGCGCAGUGGAUGGGUCCUGCAGUUCUUGAGAUUCCCCUCGGAAGGGAUAGGGUGAUGAAGGAGCAGCAUUGCCCGAGAAAUGUCGCUGUCUAUACUGGCCAGCACUACAGGUUGUUGGAUCCUUGCCAUGGCCUGCCGAGGCUGAUUUCAUGGUUGAUCGACGUGUCGCGGAGGUUACAUAUAUGAGCCUUCUGCGUCCUCCGGACAAUCUUCGAUGUUCAUUUUCUAAUCCCUUUGUCCUUUUCGACGUAGAAGGACUUGCCCGCCGCAGGUUCUAAGCAAAACGACUUCAUCUCGCAAAGCCCGACAUCGCGCAACUCCUUUCAUCUUCGAGAUGACUGUCGACCUAAAAACCAAUGGUGUCAACGGCCAUUCGAAACGCAUCCUACGAGUUGGCAUCAUUGGCUGUGGUGAGAUCACUCAGGUCUCGCACAUCCCUACCCUAGGCUUUUCGUCCGACAAGUUCGCUAUCAAAUACUUAUGCGAUAUUUCCGAGAAUGCUCUUGCGCACUGCGCUGCCAAGAUAUCCCCGCCUCCCAAGACUACAAAGCAUGCUGACGAGCUAUGCGCUUCCGACGAAGUCGACGUGGUCGUCAUUGCCAACGCCGAUCCAUUCCAUGUACCUCAUGCUCUUCUAUCAUUGCAGUACAACAAGUACUGCCUGCUUGAAAAGCCUGCAGCUUUGAACUAUCGCGAUAUUGAUGCACUCGUUGCUGCUGAGGCCACGUCGCAGGGAAAGGUCUUCGUUGGCUACAUGAGAAGAUAUGCGCCGGCAUUUCUUGAAGCGAUUCAAGAGGUUGGGGGGCUGGACAAUGUCCAUUACGCACGCGUCCGAGACAUUAUUGGUCCCAAUUCAGCUUUUGUAGACCAAUCAGGCACGUUCCCGAAGAAGUUCAACGACUUUGCACAAUCAGAUGUCGAUGAACUGAAGAAGCGAGAGGCCGAUAUGGUACAGCAGGCUUUGAACGCUGAAUUUGGUGUCGAGGUAACACCCGCGUCUCAGAUGAUGCUUCGAAUACUUGGCGGCCUGGGAAGCCACGACCUCUCUGCGAUGCGAGAAAUACUUGGAAUGCCCAAGAGCUGCAUCGGGGCAAGCCUGGGGCCACCUCGGUUCUGGUCCGCACUUCUCCAGUACGAUAACUUUUCGGUCAUUUAUGAAUCCGGAAUAAACGAGAUACCGCUCUUCGAUGCUAGCAUCGAAGUGUUUUCUCUCAACAAGACAGUAAAAGUCAGCUACGAUACUCCAUAUGUGAAGGGACUCCCCACAACACUUACCAUCCGGGAGAAGGUUGAGGGACGGAGUGGGUCGGACUCUUCCGGAUAUCAGGAAAAAGUUAUUAGGCGCACGUAUGAGGACCCUUACUCUUUGGAGUUUGAUGCCUUCUACGAGACUGUUGUUGAAAACAAGACUCCUAAAACGACCGUAGCAGACGCCCGCAACGAUCUGGAUGUUUUUGCUAUGAUCAUGAGGGCGGGGGAGCACAACUACCAUAGUCUCUAG